CAACAACAACAUGGCGUCCGGAGCGGGAGAAGGAAGCCUGUCCGUGCAGGAGGAUGUCCCGGUCACAGAGGGAGAAGCGGACCGUUCGGUCACGGAGGCAGCCCCGGUUCCGCUCACGGAAUGGGCUGCGUGCCGCCGCCGACGCCGGGCGAUGCUGCAGACUCACUUCUUCAAAAUGGCCUGCAAGAUGUUCGGUUCCCCGCGAUGUAAGCUGAGGGUCAGCACCGCGGUGAGGGCCCCGGAGCAGCUAACUGCGCGGCUGCGGGUGGUCCACUCCCAGACCGACGAGAAGGGGGUCCAGGAGGAGGAGGACGGGGAGGAGAGGCAGUCACUGCAGGCAAAGGGCUGGAGCGCGGCCGACUACACCAAGUGGCUGUCUGGCAGAAAGCGGCAGCGGACCGAGCUGCAGAUCAUGGCGAAUGUGCGGAGGUGGAUCAACAGCAAAACCUCCGCCAACGACCUGGAGCUUCGCGUCCUUGAGACUCUGGAAAGGCAGCAGCGGGGCCACCAGCAUGGCUACAGCCCAGGCCUGAGUGAGCCCAACCCACCUGAGGAACUCUUCCAGGAAAGUUGGGAUCAAGAACAACUGAGAUCUGAGGAUGUCUUAUCAAGCAGUAAAAUGGAACAGCAAGAGAAUCUUUCAAAAGUUGAUUUCAUGCAGUUUGACAAGAACGAAGUGCAUCACAUGGAUUUGAUGGAAAAAUGCCUGCUUGUGAGAGGAGAGAAGCAUACCAUAGCCUGCCAUUCUCUACCGACUACAAUAACUGGAGUGAUGGGAGAGACAAACAAUGUGUAUCAGGAACACUGCCAUAAGGAAUAUAAGAAAAUCCUGAAAAUGUGCCAAUACUAUGGCAUUCCUUUUACUGAAAGAAUGCUUGAGAAAGCUUUACUUCAUCCUGGAGACAAACUGAAAAUGGAGCCAGAUUUGAAAUUAAGGGCUCCUGGGACAGGCUUGUUACCUAACCGUGAAGUACAAAAAUGGGUUUCCACCAGACGACUCAUUGCUUUGAAUCAACUUAAUCGUCAAUUAGCUGGACAUAAAGGGGUUAUCCAGAGGGAGUCAAAGCUGGAAAACAUCCUGAAGGAUGUCAGUCAAGAGAAAAACCUAAGGAAAGGUAGCAGGAAAGAGAAGGGUGACGGAACUCGUACAUCCAGCAACAAGCAGCUAAUCAUGACAUUCAGUGAUUAUAUGAACUUCAAAAGAAAGUUGAAGCUGAAGGCACAGCCAAUGUCAGGCCAGUCCCCCAGUGCUCGAGCCAACCCAUAUGCCUUCUGGCCAGGCCAUCUCUUGGACAAAGUGCGCAUGUACCUCCCAUACGCCAUGUUAGAACACAAAGAAGUAUUCUUCAAUAACGUCCAGGAAGAUUCUAGGCUCAGUCCCUAUGGCUACUACAGCAACCAGAGCUGGCCCAUUAGCGAACAGGGAUAUCUUACAUAUGGAGACAUAAAUAUGCACAAACGCUAUUGGCUGUGAUCCACCAGCUUGCUCUCGCACAGAACUUGCAGUUUAUUCUCAGGAAUUGUUCGACACUUGGACAAUUCAGAAAUCAGCUAAUUCCUUCCUGUAGUAAACAUGAAUUGUACAAAUUGUCCAAAGUUUGUCAAAGAAUUUUAGAAGUCCAUACGCAGAUAGAUAGUCCAGGACUUUUACUUAGUUGGUAAGGAAACUUUCAAAUAUUUACCUCUGAAAUCAAUGGGUAAAUAUGAUUGGAAAUUGUCCUUCAUCUUAUGACAGAAAACGCCUUAAAACAAUUAAAAUGCUUUGCUCACAUUUCUAUCAUGUAUUUUUUCUCAUGUUUACUGACUACAAGUGUUCUCAUUAGCUAAUCAAAGGAGAACGAGGCGACAGGCUGUACCUGGAUUGCCCCAUGAGGGAAAAUAUCCUUUCUGUAUCCAUCCUAUCAAGUCCUCUCAAUAAGAUCACUUCAAUUCUUUUAAACUCCAAAGUACACCGAAACAACCUACUCAGCUGCAGGAGGUGACUCUUGCAUCCCAAGAGUUAGUUGCGCAGAAUCUUUGUUGAAUUAGUCAUGAAAUUAAUUAUAUACUUGGGUAAGGGAAACAAAACAGUGCAUAUUAUUUGAGCUGUGGGCUAACUAAUGCCCUGUAAAAGUGUACAUGCCCUAUCUACUUUUAUACUAUUCUCCGUGGAACAAAGGUGUGUAUUAAUGUCCUCCUUAAUUAUUUGUUGUAGCUUGUUAAAACCCUCACUGAUUUUUCAAUACUUUUAUUUUAUACAUUUAUUAAUUUUGGUUUGGAGCUAUGAAAUGUGAGCUAAAGAUGACCUUUGGACAGGGGCAGCAGCUUGUAUUUAAACAAAAAGGACAAACACGUUGUGAUUUGUUUGUGAGACCAGGUCUGAAUGUUAAUUGCAAGUUGAUCAAAGUACUCCACAGAUGCUGUGACAUAAGUAUAUAGCAAAUGUUUGUCCAUUCACAAGGCUUGUUUGUCCCUGUGUUCUGAGGGACAGAAUUCAUUUGUACGUGGAGAGGCAAGGAUUAAUCAAGAACAGUCAGCAUGGUUUUGUUAAGAAAAAGUUAAGUCUAACCAACUUGAUUGAAUCUUUCAAAGUGGUGAUGGUGUGUUAGUGAGGCUAAUUCUUGGACUUCAGCAAAUCUUUUCAUGUGGAAUUCAAUCUGGAUAAGUGUGGGCAGGACAAACAAGGCAAGGGAAUACAUAAUAAAUGGUGGGACCCUUGGAAGCACCAAGGAUCAGAGGGACAUUGACAUGCAUGUACAUCGGUCCCUUAGAUAUCGUGACAAGUGGAUAAAGUGACGAAGAAGGCAUAGGGAAUACUUGCCUUUGUUAGCCAAGGCAUAGAAUUUAAGAGCAGGGAGGUUAUACCAGUACUGUAGAAAUUGUUAGUUAGGCCACAGCUACUAUAUUGUGUGCAGUUCUAGAAUCCAAAUUAAAGGAGAGAUACUGUACAAAACGCUAGUGUGGCCUCAUUUGGAAUAUUGCGUGCAGUUCUGGUCGCCCCAUUACAGGAAGGAUGUGGAAGCAUUGGAAAAGGUGCAGAGGAGAUUUACCAGGAUGUUGCCUGGUCUGGAGCGCAGGCCCUAUGAAGAAAGACUGAGGGACUUAGGUCUGUUCUUAUUGGAGAGAAGGAGACUAAGAGGGGAUUUAAUAGAGUCAUACAAGAUGAUCAGAGGAUUAGAUAGGGUGGACAGUGAGAGUCUUGUUCCGAGGAUGAUGACUUCAGCUUGUACAAGGGGGCAUAGCUACAAAUCGUGGGGUGAUUGAUUUAAGACAGAUGUCAGAGGCAGGUUCUUUACUCAGCGAGAGGUAAAGUCAUGGAACGCCCUCCCUGCCAAUGUAGUUAACUCAGCCACAUUAGGGGCAUUUAAACAGUCCUUGGAUAAGCAUAUGGAUGAUGAUGGGAUAGUGUAGGGGGAGUGGCUUAGAUUAGUUGACAGGUUGGCGCAACAUCGAGGGCCGAAGGGCCUGUUCUGCACUGUACUGUUCUAUGUUCUGUCGCACUGGAUAGAGAGCAGAAAGGAUUUCCAAGUAUGCUGCCUGACCCAGAGAAUUUCAGUUAUGAAGAGAAAUUAGACAGACCGAGGUUGUUUUUCUUAGAGCAGAGCAGAUUGAGUGGGACAUGAUUGAGAUGUAUAAAAUUAUGAGGUCAUAGAUAUGGUACUUUUUUCUCUUUAGUGGAAGGAUCAAUGGCCAGGUGCCAUAGAUUUAAGGUCAGGAGCAGGAGGUUUAGAGGAGAUGUGAAGAAAAACUUUUUCACCCAGAGGGUGGUGGAAAUCUGGAACUCACUGCCUGUAAGGAUGAUAGAGGCAGAAACAGUCAUAACAUUGAAGAAGUAUUUAGAUAUGCAUUUGUGAUUCCAUGGCAUACAAGGCUAUGGGCCAAUUGUUAGAAAAUAACAGUAGUUAGUUGGAGUUAUAGAGUCAUACAGCACAGAGACUUGACACUUCAGUCCAAGCGGUCCAUGCCAAACAUAAUAUCAAACUCAACUUGUCCUACCGGCCUGCUCCCAGCCCAUAUCCUUCCAAACCUUUCCUAUUCUUGUACUUACCCAAAUAUCUUUUAAGCGUUGUAACUGUGUCCACAUUCAGCACUUCCUCAGGAAGUUUAUUCCACUCACAGACCACCCUCUGUGUAAAAAAUCUGCCCCUCAUGUCUUUUUUAAGUAUCUCUCCUCUCAUUUAUGCCUCCUGGUUUUGAAAUCGCCCGUUCUAGGGAAAAGACACCUACCAUUAAUCCUGUCUAUAUGGCUCAGGAUUUUAUAAACCCCUAUAAAGCCACCUUUCAACCUUCAAUGCUCCAGUGAAAAAAACCCUCAGCUUAUGCAGCCCUUCUUUAUGUCCAGUUCUAGUCACCCAGAUAUAGGAAAGAUAUUAUUAAGCUAGAGGGGAUUCAGAAGAGAUUUACUAGGAUGUUGCCAGGCAUGGAAGACUUAAUUCUUUUUUCCGUGCAAUAGAUCUCAAUGAUUCUAAGUGCAGGCUUCCCUGUAUCGAUGAUACUUCUGAAGUCUUCAGAAGCUUUCAGUAAAUUAGUAAAUAUGAUUUUGCUUUCACAAAACCAUUGUCAUAGGCAGAUUGCAAACUUUAAGCCAUGCCUGCCUCUUUGUAGGUUACGUGGAACAAUCCGUCGUCUGUACCUACACUGGCCCUAAACCCCACCUCUUCCUCCGUUACAUUGAUGACUGUAUCGGCGCCUCCUCGUGCUCCCAUGAGGACCUCGAACAGUUCAUCCACUUUACCAACACUUUCCACCCCAACUCAAGUUCACCUGGAUUAUCUCUAACACCUCCCUCAUCUUCCUGGACCUCUCUACCUCCAUCUCAGGCAACCACCUAGAAACCAAUAUCCAUUUCAAGCCGACCAACUCCCACAGCUACCGAGAAUACAUCUCCUGCCACCCACCUCGGCUUGGUUCGCAAUAAACGACUGCACCUCCCAGUCGCGAACCAUUUCAACUUCCUCUCCCAUUCCUUAGACGACAUGUCCAUCCUGGGCCUCCUUCAGUGCCACAACAAUGCCACCCAAAGGUUGCAGGAACAGCAACUCAUAUUCCGCUUGACAACCCUGCAGCCCAAUGGUAUCAAUGUGGAUUUUACAAGCUUCAAAAUCUCCCCUUCCCCAACUGCAUCCCAAAACCAGCCCAGCUCAUCCUCGUCUCCCUAACCUGUUCUUCCUCUCACCUAUCCCCUCCUCCCACAUCAAGCCGCACCCCGAUUUCCUUCCUACUAACCUCAUCCCGCCCCCUUGACUUGUCCGUCCUCCCCGGACUGACCAAUCCCCUCCCUACCUCCCCACCUACACUCACCACUGGCUCCAUCCCUGCCUCUUGUCUGUCUCCUCUCCACCUAUCUUCUCCUCUAUCCAUCUUCGAUCCAUCUCCCCCUCUCUCCCUAUUUAUUUCAGAACCCCCUCUCCCUUUUCUGAUGAAGGCCUGAAACGUCAGCUUUUGUGCUCCUAAGAUGCUGCUUGGCCUACUGUGUUCAUUCAGCUCCACACUAUGAUAUCUUGGAUUCUCCAGCAUCUGCAAUUUCCAUUAUCUGCCAACUUUAAAACCACGCUUUUCCUAUUCACAGCAUGUGUCCACAGCGGGUUUAUUUCUCCCCCUUGUAUUUUACAGUGGGCCUGUAUUUUGCCAAUUGUCUCUGUUUCUGGGCACUAAAUUUGCAACAACACUGCUAAAGUUAGCCUGAAGUAAAGUUUAUAUUUCACACAAGAUGGAGGGGCAUUAGAUUCAUGUCACAAGCACACAAAAAAGCAUAUAUUAACAGAUUUGGAGAAGAUAAUGAUAAUCAAUCAGUAGUAAUUUAAGGACAAAAUAAUCGGGGGAUAUCAGUUUAUCAAGGUCCUUGUUUUAAAACUAGAGUCCAAAAUAAAAAAUUUAACAUCAGCAGAAUGUCAGUGUGGGAGUGGUUAGUCUGGAAUAUCAGUUCGGAAAGUGUUCUGGAAAAUGGAUUGGGAAUAUAGUCUGGAGCAUCGGUGUGGGAAUGUUAUUUUAAUUAUUUGAUGUGGACCAUGGGCUUUGCAAGGUGGUCAGCAUUUAAUGCCAAUUCCUAAUUGAUCUUGAGAAGUCAGUGGUGAACUGCCUUCUUGAACAGCUACAGUCCCUAUCCUGGAGGCAGAUAUACAAUACUGUUAGAGAAGGAGUUUGCAACAGUGAGGGAACAAUGGUAUAUUUCCAAGACAGGAUAGUGAGUGGUUUGGAAGGGAACUUGCAGAUGGUAGUAUUCCCAUGUAUCUGCUACCCUUGUCCUUGAUGGAAGUGGUCAUGGCUUUGGAAGGUGCUGUCUCAGGAUCAUUGACAAAUUUAUGUAAUGCAUUUUGUGGAUAGUACAUACUGCUGCUACUGACCAUCAGUGGUGAAACCUUAUGUACGUGGUCCCAGUCGGACAGGCUGCUUUGUCCUGGAAUGUGUCAACCAUCUGGAGUAUUGUUAGAGCUGCACUCUUCCAGGCACGAUUGGGGCGUAUUGCACCAUAGUCCCAAUUUGUGCUAUGCAUAUGAUCAAGAGUAGUCUGAUGGGGUGGUAAUUAGCUGAAUUGGAGGGGCAAAUGAUCAAGGGACCACGGGGCCAAAGUUAUAUAUUCUAAAUUAACCCACAGCGAGAAAUUGGGCCUGACACAUUUGGUUUGAUAUGGCCUUAUGAAAGGGGCUGUCACUGUCACUUUGUCUCUGGAAUUGAGCUCUUUUGUUCAUGUUUGAACCAAGGCUGUAAUGAUAUCAGGUGCUGAGUGGCCGUGGCCAAACCUAAACUGGACAUCACUGAGCAGAUUAUUACUGAGUAAGAUUUGCAUGAUAGCACAGUGGAUUCCUUUACUGAUAAUCAAGAGUAGCCUGCUGGGGUGGUAAUUGGCUGGAGUGAAGGGGCACAUGAUCAAGGGACCACAGGGCCAAAGUUAAACAUUCUAAAUUAACCCACAGCAAGAAAUCAGGCCUGACAGAAAAAAAAUCGGCCAAAUUAGAUUAAACAGCAACCAACAACUAUUGGCUACAGAGAACAAUGGAAACCAUAGUCAAAGAGGUCACAAAGAAUCAGGGGGAACAAGUUACAAUCAGCCUAAGGAUUGUGUCUUGGAGAAGUAUCAAUCAGACCUUCUGGCACCUUGACUUCCAGCCGUGCAUUUUACACCUUCUCAGCAUGGCAACAGUGAAAGAUGUUGUCAUGAUCCCAUUGGAUGCUUUGAAUGCUUGUCAUUACCCUUUUGGCCAAAAGCCACAAGAACAUUCUGGAAAGUCCAGAGCAAGGGGAAUAAAGGCACACUGCUGGAGGCCACCCCCACAAUGAACACUUGCUGCAAGAUCCACGGCAGAGGACUGUGUGGCAACGCAAGAAGACCCACCCUGACCUGCAGGACCUUCAUAAAACAGAGCCAGCCCCAAGUCAGAGAGGAUGGACAUUCCAAAGACCCAGCUCCAAUACAUGGAUAAUAUCUUUUCUCAGGCUUGUUAAAGUUAAAGUUGGGUAG